AUGGAUUUGAUCGAAAAUCCACCAAAAGAAUCGGCAUUUAUUGAAGGUGUAACGAGAUUUUCAAAUUCAAAAUUUCUUAUGGAUAAGUUUAUAACAAGAAAGGAGAAUUACACUAAAUCGAUCCAAUAUGUCAAAGGUGACAUUUCAUUUUCUUAUGUUUCCAUAAAAGAUAUUAUUCCUAUUUUAAUAAACGAAGAUAUCUUAUCAUCUAUCAUGAGCGAAGAUCAAAAUAAUGUUUCUCGCUACGUUAAUAGUCUCAACCUGCAAAAAACAAUCAGAAUAAUUCUUUAUGCAGACGAUUUUGGGAUGGUAAAUCCAAUUGGAUUUGCUCGUGGGCGCCACAAGAUUUUCUCUGUGUAUAUGGACAUAGAUUGUCCCAUGAAAUUAAGACAAAAAUCACGUGAUAUACCAUGUGUUGUAUUAGCGGAGAGGAAGCAAGGACUAAAAUCCGAAAAAUUAUCUGUGGUUUUGAAACCACUUGUCGACGAACUCAAAUUUUUAAGCGAAUAUGGCAUAUUUCUUGAAGAAUUCAACAUAAACGUCCCAGUUAAAUUGGCUUUCAUUAUAGGAGACAAUUUAGCAGUAGCCGAGCUACUGGGUUUUAGACAAACCUUUGGAAAAAAUUUCAUUUGCAGGUAUUGUAACUCAACAUAUGCCCAAAUCAAAGAUAAGGACCAAAUUGAAGGCCAAUUAAAUUAUAUGUUGCCGGAAAAUGUUGUCCAUGAAGAAUUGGCGAAAAUUAAGGGCAACAAAAAUUAUAAAAGCCAAUAUGGCAUCAAAUUUGAAUCACCAUUCCUAAGCGUCCCAAUCAACAUUUUCCAAAUAUCACCACCAGAUAUUUUUCAUGAUUUUGUUGAAGGACCACUAGGAGAUAUUAUCAAAAUUAUUAUCAAAAAAACGAAAGUUGGUCGGGAAAAUUUGAAAAGAAAGAUGGCAAUCAAAUAUGUCAACGAUAAAAUAUCGUUUGGCAAGAAAGAACAAAUAAUGGGCAAAGCCGCGCAAAAAUUUGAAUUUUUUUGCCGGUUAAUCGAAAUUUUUCCAGAGUGGCUAACUGAUCCGCCCGAGAUUUUUUAUUUUUAUGAUCUCGUGAGAAGGAUGAUCGGCUUGAUGUUUUCAAAACCGACAGAAUCCGGAUUGAAAGAGCUCCGGAAGCUGAUCAAAUCAUUCCAAAAAGACAUCAAAAAAUACGAUCUAAUCAAACCAAAAACACAUUUCAUCUCCCAUUAUCCCUCCCUGAUGGAAUUUUAUGGGUGUCUAACUGCUUUCUCUACAAUGGCCUGGGAGCGAAAACAUCGAAUGUUAAAAGUGCUAAUGCAACAUAGCAAGAAUUUUAAAAAUGUUGCUAAAACAUUGAUGAUUUUGCACCAGGCCAAACUGUCAUACGAAUCGAUAUCAACACCAAACGAAUGGCCGUUAAAUAAAAAUAUUGUCCGGCUAAUUAAUGAUGAAAAAUCAUCAACUUUCAUAUUGGCCCAUUCUUUCAUCAAAAUUGGUAAUAAAUUAUUAGUCGAAGGUGAAAAAAUUACAACUAUACCAACAGAGUUACCAUAUUUAAAAAAAACAAUUUCAAUAGAAAAAAGUGUCAGAUAUGACACAAAUCAAAUAUCACAUAUAAAUUGUUUCACAUUUUUAGAUAAAAAAUUUGUUAAUUUUAUACAAAGCUAA